AUGCAGAAAUUCUUUAUUUCAAUUAGAGAUUCUGGAAUUCCAAAAGUUCGAAAUUCCAGAAAAAAACCGACCAUUCUCAUCAUUCUUCUCCAACUUUGCGCCCUUCCAAUCUUGAUUUUUUGCUCAAAAUCUCAGAAAAAAGAUACUAGAAAAUCAGCCAAAAAUGGGAAAAAUGGGAAGAUGGCACCGGAAAAAACGAAAUCUAAAACUGGAUUAGCUACAGAAGAGCCGAAUUCAAACAAAGGAGCUGAGGAUAAGAAAGAAGAAGACGUUAAAAAAGAUGCUCAAGAAGCACCAGCAGCUGAGCCGGAACCAGUCAGAAAGGAGAUUGAAUCGGAAACUUUUUAG